CCCCCCCCCCGCAGGAUACACAUCGCUCUAAGAAUAGCAUUGCACUCGGGCUGGACAGAUACAUAUUCGCUUAAGACUUUACUCUCACGGUAGGCAACGAAUAUUGACCAUAAAUCUGACCUGACGCCUGACAUCUCCGGUACAUCGAUACAUGUGAGAAAAUCAGCUAGCUUUCUUCCCCACCCGUUAAACGAAAAGUCCCAUCUAUAUAUAUAGAGAGACCAAAGCAUUCCAAAUUAGGCCCGCUAGGAUUCAUACAGUCUCCUCUGUUAGGAAGUUUAGUUGUGAGGUUUCAUUAGGGACAAACGGCCUGGUUGCUACCCCUGAUUGCUACCCCUGAUUGCUACCCCUGAUUGCUACCCCUGAUUGCUACCCCUGAUUGCUACCCCUGGUUACUACACACGAUUGCUACAACUACCAGAUCUCCAUAGAAAGCUGAAACCGAGGCAGACCACACCAGAUACACCCCCCCCCCCCAAUUACAUACCUGUUAGCAAGAAGGCAUUGCCUACUGUCCUUGGCCCUAGCAUAUUGCCCAGUGUCCACAGUGCCCUAUACUGCCCAGUAUCAUCUGCCCAGUACCCGGCCCAAACUGUCCACUGCCCAAUAGUUAUUGCCUAAUGCCGACAGACUAGAGCAACCUUCGCAGCAGAAGAUAAACUGGUGUUGCGUUAGCACGGCUCUCUACGAGUUAGAGAUCACAGCUGGGAGAUCGUCCCACUACAACUUAGUCUGCAGCACCAACCAUCUCUAUUGCUAAACAGGCAGCGGCCUCACCCUAGAGCCAGUUUGCCUAAAGCAAAGAGAACAUCUCGAGCCGACGUCCUAAGACAGAGCCGGAUGACUCAUCCUUCUGAGUGCCAGUCCUACGACCGCCAGAAGACGACCCACGGGCUAGCAGAUAAGAAAAAUAAGUAGCAGACAUAGGAACAUUCUUCUCCUCCAAUCACUCAAUAAUUAGCAAUCCAUGAUGAGCAGUUAUUUUAGAUAUUAGCACCUUUACUUCUUUUAUUUUCUUAAUUAUAAUUUUAUUUGAUCACUUUCCUUUGUAAACUUUCAUUCAUUAAAUUAUUCUUAUUUAUGAACUUAUAAUAUUGGUCUGUUCUUACUGCUAGUUGCGGUGUGCCUGUACAAAAUCUUAUAUGUGAGCGGGAUAAAAUUAAUAAAAUUUCCCCUAGACAUAAAGAAACAAGCCAAAUAAUAACUAAUUAACAUCUCGUCACAUAUAAAUGGGGGCCCGUCCGGGGAUCUGAAACUAGAAUCCUUUAUUAGACAGGCACAGGCAUACAGCAGUAGAACUUUCCUAUAUCUAAUAUACUUUCAUUAUCUUAAAGUAACGGAUUGCAAACGGAGUGAUGAGUGUUGCUAGAGUCUUUAUUUUAUAUCUAUUUUACUUUAGAUGUUAUCACGUAUUAACUUAGUAUAAUAUUAUUAUUUGUGGUUAUUUUAAGUUGCAUCACUGUACUUAAUAUUGUAUUAUUAUCACGGGCAACGUGGUUGUUUCAUACGGGCUUCAUAGAACGCUCUUACUUCAGUAAUAUCCCUCCUUUUAGUCUUAUUAGUUUCCCAUUUUAUUUCUCUCAUACAUAAAUAAUGGCCAGCAAUACAAGAUCCAAGACUGACUCUGACAGAAAACUCAAAAUACAAGAGUUGACAGAGACGGCGGCAUUGUUAGAAUUAGAAGGGAAAGAUCGCUCUGACUACAUCCGACAAAAGUUGGAUGAGUGGGAAUUAGAGGAGAGGGUAGCCCGGGAACGGGAAUUUGAGUUAGCAAGAGAUAAAGAAAAACAUGAGCACGAGUUAGCCAUGGAGCGGGAGAGACAGGCAACUGAGAGAGCUAGAAUAGCUCAAGAGAAUGAGACGGCUCGCACAGUCGCUGAUUCUCAGCCUGCUAGCCCAGCUUCCAGCCAAGGGUCCUCAAAUAGCUCACCCAACAUCCCCUUCGAGCCCUUCGAUGAGAAGAGCGAAAGUGUUGAAGUUUAUUUAACACGAUUCGAAGAGGUGGCACGCUAUUAUAGCUUGCCCAAGGAUAGGUGGUGUUUCAGGCUAGCUCAAUGCCUUAGGGGCAAGGCUUACGAGGCUUACACAAAGCUCCCCUCAUACCAACGGGAGGACUUUGAAGCCCUGAAAGAGGCACUAUUGGUUCAAUUUGAGCUAACCUCUGAUUCAUACCACAAGAAGUUUCGAGGGUCCCGCCUUGAGCGCAAAGAAACUUAUGUCAAUCUUUGCGACAGGCUGGACAAAUACCUCGGGAAAUGGCUAGCCCUAAGCAAAAUGCCCGAAACAUUUGAAGGUCUUAGAAACCUUAUUCUGGCUGAGCAGCUUCGAGACUGCUUAACGCAGGAAACUCGAAUAUAUGUCAAUGAGCAACAGGCGAGUGACCCUUCUGACAUUGCAAUUGCUGCAGACCGAUACAUAGCUGCCAGACGAGACCAGAAAGCUAAGACACCCGUAACAGAACCACAAUCUAGCGAAACCUCCCCUGCCCAGCCCACACCUCACAACCAAAAUCAAAACAGCCAGGCACGUGUCCCUUCACAACACCCAUCCAACCAGUCGAACCGCCCUCCCCAUCAAUCACGCCAGAAUAAUUCCUACCACCCCUCUCACCGUGACUCACAUAACACGCGUGACGACAGGAGGACUCGACAACAACAUGCCCCACACGUCGUAUCGGCCCUGACGGCCGUUCCACGGCCCAAGACUGGUAACCCGGUAGGCCCAGAAAUCCCUUAUAUACCUCCUCACCCCUCUACAUCACCCCCAGGUGUAGAGCAGGCCCUAAUAAACGGCGUUCAAACUUAUAUCAUGUUUGAUACAGCCUGCUCUUUUACUUCCAUAAUAAAGGAAGCGCUGAUUGAUUCGGCAGAUCUCACCGGUGAAACGGUAGAGAUCCAAACCGUCGACAAAACUACACCUCCAAUGGUCUUGCCCAUAGCGAGGGUUCAUGUAGAAUGUCGAUACGUGCACGGGACCAUAAACGCCGCUGUUAUGGAGUCACCCGUGUACGACUUUAUUCUUGGCUCCCAAUACGUACCAUUAGGAAAUGUCAAGAAGCCAUAUUUUUCCCUGCCAGUCGGUAGAACGACUAGACAGAAGGAUGGCCCAAAUCAGUCAAACACUGGGCGCCAUCACUCAACACCUCAGUUCAACCGAACUAAGGAAAUUAAACCCCUAAUUCCUGACAUUGACAGUGUCAGACGGCGUUGGUAUGGUCAACAAUCUUGGCCCCCACGUAUAAAUAUGAUACCUGCAUGGAAUCACAAGGGUGGUAGUCGCCACCGAUUCCCGCCCAGUCCAUCAUGUUGCAACUAUACCCCAUCACCCCUCACUGCUUCAGGUAGGACGCACAGGUACCAAAACAAACCUGACCUCAACCACAGGUCACGUUAUUCUCCACCCAAACACAACAGUCCACGGUGGGAUCGAAAUUAGACUUAAAACGGAUACCUAGAGGCCCAAUCUCCCUUACGAACCGGUCCUCGAAUUCAGAUUCAUUUUUUUUUUCCCUUAGGACAAUUAGACUGGACAACGACAAAGCUCAAAUGAAACUUAUAUGCAAGUACUAAUAGUAUUCUGCGAAUACUUUUUAAGUGGGUGGGUAUGUGACGAUACGAAACUUGCAUACAAAAGUUCAUUUUAGUUUUUCCCAGCAAACCGUGAGAAACUUUAAUUUUUAACUUAAACAAUUAUUUUCUUGUCCACCCAUAACUAAUUUCUUGUAGGAUUUAUCCCCCCUCGCACGUUUCUCACGGGACGAAUCUCGACAUAAAACAUUAACUAGCUUCUCUAGGGCUAACUUUUAAUUAUUGACCGCUGGACAGGUGACACUAUGAAGUCGCUGCACCCGCGCUACACGCCGCGCCCUAAUAACUUCUCACACCUACCCCCCCCCCC